AUGAGGGGCGGGCCGGGCCGGCCGGGGGGCGCGGCGGCCGCGCGUGCCGGGACGCCCCGCGGGGGGCGGCGCGAUUGUGAGGUGGCGCUGACGCACGUUCCGGGCUUCUUAAGCGGCCUGGGCGGCGGCGGCGGCGACGGCGGCGGCGACGGCGGCGGCAGCAGCCGAGCGGCGCGUCUGGGGCGGCGGCGGGGCCUAAGGACCUGGGGUUCGGGGUGCUGCCCCCCGGGGCCGCUCGGGGCCCGGCCCUGCGCCGCCACGCCCUGCGGCCCGCGCUCGCCGCCGCCCUGGCCCGGCCCCGGCCGCCCGGAGGCCGCGUCGCCCUCGCCGCUCUCGCCGCUGGCCCCGGGCCGGGGCGCGGGCCGCCCGGCCGCCGCGCCCUCGGCGUCCUCGGCGUCCUCGGCGCCUCCGCUCCGGCCGGCCCUGCGCGACGAGCCGCGCCUGCUGCCGCCGCCGCCGGGCCGGCCGCGCUCGGGGGCGGCGGCCGCCGAGCACCAAGUCCCCAGCCACCUCCCCGGCGGCGGCGGCGGCGGCGGGGCACGAACGCGGGUGUGACCCACCUCCUCCCCCUCCCAGGACUUCAAACCGAGUCUGCACCACCCCUCCUCCUCCUCCGCCUCCUCCUGCUGCUGCUGCCGCACCUCCUCCCCGCAGGACUUCAGUAAGCGGCAGCAGCAGCCGCGGAGCAGCCAGAAGAGGAACGAGCCGAGCCCGCCCCGCCGUCCCCACCCUCCGGACUCGCCGCCGCCGCUCGCCCCGCGCCCGCAGCCCCCCGCCGCCGCCCGCCGCCCGGCCGCCCGCGCCCGCACCCGCCGCCGGCCCCGGGCCCCGCGGCCGCGCCCGGCCGACCUGCCCCCGAGCCCGCCGCUGCCGCCGUCGCCCGCCGCCCCGCGGCGCCGCCACGGGGGCGCGGGCAGCCCUCGCCGCACCCCGGCCGCGGGCGAGGGCAGCGCCGCCGAGCCCCCCGAUGCGGGCCUGGCCGCCCCGACGCCGCCCCUGAACCCCGCGCCGCCGGGCCCCAUGGAGUCCCCGAACCACCCCCUGCUCGGCAGUCCCGGCGCCCUCCUGCCCGGCGCGGCGCUGGGCGCGGGCGCCUUCGGCAGCCUGCAGAGCGCGGACCUUCCGCACCCGGGCGGCGGCGGCGGCGGCGGCGGCGGCGGGGGCGGGGGCGGGGGGCCCCCCGGCGGCGGGGGCGGCGGCGGCCCCGCGUCGCCGCCGCUGCCCGGCUUCGGCACCCCCUGGUCGGUGCCGACGGCGUCGCCGCCGCCGCCGCCGCCCGCGUCCCAGCCGCCGCCGCCGCCGCCGCCGCCGCAGCAGCAGCCGCCGCAGCCGCCGCCGCCGCCGCCGCCGCCGCCGCCCCAGCAGCCGCCGCCGCCGCCGCCCCAGCAGCCGCAGCCGCCGGGCUCGUCGGCCGCCAGCGCGGGCGGCGGCGGCGGCUCGCUCAGCGCCAUGCCGCCGCCCAGCCCCGACCCCGAGAACGGCUUCUACCCGGGGCUGCCGUCGUCCAUGAACCCCGCCUUCUUCCCCGGCUUCACGCCCGUCGGCCCGCACGGCUGCGCGGGGCUCGGCGGCGGCGCGGGCGGCGGCGGCGGCGGCGGCGGCGCGGGCGGCGGCGGCGGCGGCUUCGGCGGCCCCGGCGGCCCCUUCUCGGCGGCCGCGGUGCCCCCGCCGCCCGCCAUGAGCCUGCCGCCGCCGCCGCCGCCCGCCGCGCCCCCGCAGCCGCCCAGCCGCCGCUCGCCGGUCAGCCCGCAGCUCCAGCAGCAGCACCAGGCGGCCGCCGCCGCCUUCCUGCAGCAGCGCAACUCGUACAACCACCACCAGCCUCUUCUGAAGCAGUCUCCCUGGAGCAACCAUCAAAGCAGUGGCUGGGGCACUGGCAGUAUGUCGUGGGGAGCCAUGCAUGGCAGAGACCAUCGCAGAACUGGAAACAUGGGCAUUCCAGGGACUAUGAAUCAGAUCUCUCCCUUGAAGAAACCGUUUUCCGGUAAUGUCAUAGCACCACCAAAAUUUACUCGCUCUACUCCGUCACUGACUCCAAAAUCUUGGAUUGAAGAUAAUGUGUUCAGAACAGACAACAAUAGUAAUACACUCUUACCCUUACAGGUGAGAUCUAGUUUGCAGUUGCCAGCUUGGGGCUCAGAUUCACUCCAAGAUAGUUGGUGCACUGCAGCCGGAACAUCCAGAAUAGACCAGGAUCGAAGUAGAAUGUAUGACAGUUUGAAUAUGCACUCUUUGGAAAAUUCCCUUAUUGAUAUUAUGAGAGCAGAACAUGAUCCUCUAAAGGGUCGAUUGAGCUAUCCACAUCCCGGAACUGACAAUCUGUUGAUGUUAAAUGCAAGGAGUUAUGGGCGAAGACGAGGUCGUUCCUCCCUCUUCCCCAUAGAUGACGGCUUGCUGGAUGACAGUCACAAUGACCAAGUUGGCGUUUUAAACUCACCCACAUGCUACUCAGCUCACCAGAAUGGAGAGCGAAUAGAACGCUUCUCUCGAAAAGUUUUUGUUGGUGGUCUCCCUCCAGAUAUUGAUGAAGAUGAAAUAACUGCUAGCUUCAGAAGAUUCGGACCUUUGGUAGUAGAUUGGCCUCAUAAAGCAGAAAGCAAAUCCUAUUUCCCACCAAAAGGCUAUGCAUUCCUUCUCUUUCAAGAAGAAAGCUCAGUUCAGGCAUUAAUUGACGCUUGUAUUGAAGAAGAUGGAAAACUCUAUCUGUGUGUUUCCAGCCCUACUAUCAAGGACAAACCGGUUCAGAUCCGUCCUUGGAAUUUAAGUGAUAGUGAUUUUGUGAUGGAUGGUUCUCAACCUUUGGAUCCUCGAAAAACAAUUUUUGUUGGAGGUGUACCUAGGCCUUUAAGAGCUGUGGAACUUGCUAUGAUCAUGGACCGGCUGUAUGGUGGCGUUUGUUACGCGGGGAUUGAUACAGAUCCUGAGCUCAAAUACCCAAAAGGUGCUGGUCGCGUCGCUUUCUCCAAUCAACAGAGCUAUAUUGCUGCCAUUAGUGCUCGGUUUGUUCAGCUUCAGCAUGGUGAUAUUGAUAAACGUGUGGAGGUGAAGCCAUAUGUGCUAGAUGACCAGAUGUGUGAUGAGUGCCAAGGCGCACGUUGUGGUGGGAAAUUUGCUCCCUUUUUCUGUGCCAAUGUCACUUGCCUGCAGUAUUACUGUGAGUUUUGUUGGGCAAAUAUCCACUCUCGUGCCGGACGUGAGUUCCACAAGCCAUUGGUCAAGGAAGGUGCUGAUCGCCCACGUCAGAUCCACUUCCGCUGGAACUAACUAACUAGCAGAACCGGCCUGUGUAACAAGGAAAGGAAGGGUGCAUGUGGCGUACGUCGGAAGAUACGGACACGCAGAAGAAAUAAGUGCAUUCUUCUGCUCUCACCCAGCUACCAAUACAUGCAUCUUUAUCAGCAGCCAAAACACUACAAGCCUCUUGUUUUUCACCAAAACCCUACAUCUCAGGCUUACUAAUUUUUGUGAUAUUUUCAUGUUAAAAUAAAAUGUUUUUUUGUAUUUUCUCCAAGUUAUUUUUAUAUGUAAAGUUAAAAUUAGAUAUGAGAAUGUUUUGCGUAGGGGCAAACAGUCUGCUGCUAUAUAGUGGGUGAAGCGUGCACUUAUUUCUAAACGUGGGUUUUUAACUACAAGAUCUGCCCCAGUAAUUUACCAAAGGUAGCAAAAUACUAGUGAAGAUGGAAUAUGUCUGCUACAAAUGCUUAUUUUUAUUGUUGCUAUUUUCAGUGUAUACAUAAAACUAAAAAUUAGGGUUGAUUUUUUUGCUCUCCAUUUUGACUUGCAAGAAAUAAUACCUCAAGAUAAUCUGAUUUAUUAACUAUUUUUAAACAUUUUUAAUCACAAGCUGUAUUAGCUUUGCUGCUAUCUAGGUGUUAUGUGUAAAUGCCACCUAUUAAUACGGGAUUGAAAACGUUAGAGACACACUGCAUUGCAGAGAAAAUGCAGGCAGCACAAUAUGGCCUAAACUGCCAUAGUUUUAGAAUGUGAAAAAAAUGCAUGUUUACUUACCUGUAUACACCAUAUGCAUGCACUAGAAUUCUUAACUAACAAGAGGUGAGGUAUUGCAGAUGUUCAAAAAGCUCUCUUGAAUCUAGGUAGCAUGAACAAAUUAUAAAACUUGUUUAAAAAAAUCAAACUUGCAUGCAUUGUUGUGACUUCAAGUUAAAUUGUCCUACAUGUGUACAAUAUGCAAAUUAGUUUUAGGUUAGAGAGUGCAGCCAUUUUGUGAUCUGGUCAGUAGUGGAAUUCGAUUUUAUGCAGACUGGAUGUAAUAUUUGUAAUCCCUGUGCAAUUUUGUGAUGUGCGGUUCUAAUUCAUGUGCAGUGAUAUAGAUAAAAGAUUGAAGAAAAGAAAAAUUCUAGAAUUUUAAGAAAGUUGAUUUUAGCCCCUUUGAUAGUUCAUGGUUAAGACAUCCUUUGUAAACCAAAGAUGGCCAACACACUGCUAACCAGUCACCAAAUGUAAGACCCACAAGAAGCCCAUGUUGAAACGAAUGAACUUUGUAGAGGAAAGCAAAAUUGUAGUAAACGUUUGCCAAGUAAAGUCAAAAUGGAGAUGGGAAAAUAUACAGAUGGCUAGUUGCAUAAAAUUCAGUUUUAACCUGCAGAGAAGGGUGAAAUCUGGCGUAACUUGCUUACGUGUUUGACCUAUGUAUAUUGGGGUUUUCUGUCUAAACUGGGGUCACUGUUGCAUGGAACAUUCUUGUUCUUAAUGGUUAAGAAUUGCUUUUUAUUUUAAUUUUGAUGAAGGAAUUUUGGUGAUGACUUUGCUUGCAGUUUAUUUUGAGAAAGCGGCAUGGAAACAUGCCCUAGUUGAAUGAGUUUCUCUUGGUACUGAACACUAUUAGAAUACCAUUAAUGACAUUUUUUCUCUUUAGAGCAUUUUUAAUGCAACUAGCCCCUCUAUUUUAAUGUACGAGUUACUCUGCAAUUUAAGCAAAGCAACCAACCAUGAUAAAUGUUUUGUUUUGGUUUUUUUUUAAAUGCAGAACUAAGAUUCUU